GAAUGUUACUAAAUUAUUUACAUAAUAAAUUGGGUAUAGAUGCUGGAACUAAAAAAUAUGCUGAAUGUAUUCAUUUAAUUUCAAAUUCUUUUCUUGCAACAAAUAACUUAAUUUUAUUAAUGACAUAUCAAGAAGCUUUCUAUAAACGCACACCAGUAAGCAAUGUAAUGCCAAAUUGUCUUAAAUAUAAGUAUUAUAAUUAA